AUGGAGAAGGCCUUUGAUAGGAUAGAGUGGAGUUUCCUCAUUAAGGUUCUUAGAUGCUUUGGGUUCACCGACGACUUCAUUGACUUAGUCGAUGCAUGUGUUAGGGAGAAUCAUUUCUCUUUAUUAGUGAACGGUAGCUCCACACCAUUCUUCACGGCCACGAGAGGUCUACGACAGGGCGAUCCACUAUCACCCACCCUCUUCAUCUUAGUUGAAGAAGUCCUCAGUCGAUCCCUCACCCGAGCGAUCAAUCAAGGACUUAUCCGACCAUACUACUCGAAGAGGGGUUGCCCGAUCAUUUCACACUCCCUCUUUGCUGAUGAUGCGAUACUCUUCCUCAAUGGAGGUGAGACAUCCAUUAGAGGGCUCAUGAGUAUUAUCUCGAGGUAUGAGCGAGCUGCAGGUCAACUCGUAAAUGCCUCGAAGAGUAGCUUCAUAGUAGCCCCUUCUACUCCCAUAGGGACCAUACGACGCAUCCAGGGCCUAACAGGGUUCUCUCGUGGACACUUACCUUUUGACUAUCUAGGAUGUCCUAUCUUCCUCGGCCGUAGGCGCAUACACUAUUUUGACGCCCUAGUGGGCAAGGUAAGGAAGAAACUAGCAGGAUGGAAGUUACAACUUCUAUCCCCUGGAGGACGGAUCCAGUUGAUACGCCAUGUCCUCAUGAGCAUACCAUUACACCUUUUGGCAGUCCAUGAGGUACCAGACACCGUCUUACAGACUAUUAGACGGAUAUGUAUGUCCUUCCUUUGGGAUGGACAACUUGAGGGACCUCGUCGUCAACGCCGAGUUUCUUGGGAGAAAGCAUGUCGACCUACGGAUGAGGGUGGCCUAGGUAUUAGGCGCCCUCAAGAUGUACUUCACAUGCUUCAAAAGAAACUCAUUUGGAGGAUGAGGACCACACCAUCGGUGCUAGGUACUUUUGUGUCAGCCAAAUAUGGUGAGUGGGCUCGACAGCCGGCUGACAUCAAAGGAGUCAAAUGA